AGGCUAUGAGCCGACCAGUAUGAGAGCAAUUCGAGCUAGGUAUAAUCCCUAUGUCCAGGCUAGAAGCAGGAUCGAUCAACUUAAGAGAUUGGGUCACAAUGUUGACAAGGUAGAAUUCAUCUUAAUGGGAGGUACUUUUAUGUCAUUGCCAGCAGACUAUAGAGACUAUUUUAUCAGGAACCUCCAUGAUGCUUUAUCAGGGCAUACUUCUGCCAAUGUUGAAGAGGCUGUUGCUUACUCAGAGCACAGUUCUGUCAAAUGUAUUGGAAUGACUAUUGAAACGAGGCCAGAUUACUGCCUUGGACCACAUUUAAGGCAGAUGCUGUAUUAUGGCUGCACACGUUUGGAAAUUGGUGUGCAAAGCACAUAUGAAGAUGUUGCUCGAGAUACCAACAGAGGUCACACAGUAGCAGCUGUAGCUGAUUGCUUUUGCCUAGCAAAGGAUGCUGGUUUCAAGGUAGUUGCUCAUAUGAUGCCUGAUCUUCCAAAUGUUGGGGUUGAGAGAGACUUGGAAAGUUUCAAGGAAUUUUUUGAAAGCCCUAAGUUUAGAGCUGAUGGGCUUAAAAUUUAUCCAACGCUAGUUAUUCGUGGUACUGGACUUUAUGAACUCUGGAAAACUGGAAGAUAUAGAAACUACCCCCCUGAACAGCUGGUUGACAUUGUUGCUCGUAUCCUCGCAUUGGUCCCACCGUGGACGCGUGUUUAUAGAGUUCAGCGGGACAUUCCCAUGCCUUUAGUUACUUCGGGAGUUGAGAAGGGGAAUCUUCGUGAGUUGGCCUUAGCUCGGAUGGAUGAUCUUGGCUUGAAGUGCCGAGAUGUUAGGACACGUGAAGCUGGAAUCCAGGACAUUCACAAUAAAAUAAAACCCGAGGAAGUGGAACUUGUUCGCCGUGACUAUACAGCAAACGAGGGCUGGGAAACAUUUCUCUCAUAUGAAGAUACACGACAGGAUAUACUUGUAGGUUUACUUCGUCUGAGGAAAUGUGGAAAGAACGUGACAUGUCCAGAAUUAACAGGGAGGUGUUCUAUAGUACGGGAGCUCCACGUAUACGGGACUGCGGUUCCUGUUCAUGGGCGUGAUGCAGACAAGUUACAGCACCAGGGGUAUGGGACCUUGCUCAUGGAAGAGGCUGAGCGCAUAGCUCGUAAGGAGCAUAGGUCUAAAAAGAUUGCUGUCAUUUCAGGCGUAGGGACCCGACACUACUACAGGAAACUGGGAUAUGAGUUAGAAGGUCCUUACAUGGUUAAGUGCCUUUUGUGAGAUGUUCACCCAGGAAGGAGAUUUGAUUUGUAUGUAGCUAGCAUUAAUAUUAAUAUCACUUUGUAAUUUGUACACUGAUGCAAAAUAGUUGGUCUUACACUAAUCACUCUCACAGGAAUUGAUAAAGGUGACAUCAUCCGGGAUGAUUCAUCCCCUUUAUUCUCUUCGUGCUAUAUGACAUCAAAUUUCAUUUUUUCUUUCUGAUUAGACUUUUUAGGUUUAUGAUGCAAUUUUUAUGAAAAAUAUAUUGUAUCAAAUUUCGUAUGGAUCACAAUGAGUUUUUUCAAUGGUUCAAUUUCUUAAUUUAAUUUUGUAUGUAUCAACUUUUUCAAUUUUCUUAUAUUCAGUA